UUUGUCUUUACAGAGCUCCGCCCCCAUGUUUGAUUGAUCACAUGACAGUGACAUCAUCACAGGUCCUACGGCUCCGUCCUCCAGCAGACAGCGCAGGUCCUAGCAGGAUGGAGAAGGACAGAGACCCGAUGGCUGAGAGAAUCUUACACCUCACCCUAGAGAUCAUCUACCUGCUGACCGGAGAGGAUUGCACGGUAGUGAAGAUGGUGACUGAAGAGGGUGAAGGCCGGAGCAGGGAGAAGGUUCCUAUAUCAAGGUCUCCACCGCACUCACUAAUACAUAAGGGAAACAGUCAUCAGGAGAUCCUGGAGCUCAUCAACAAGAUGAUGGAGCUGCUGACUAGAGAGGUUCCUAUAAGGUGUCAGGAUGUGGCGGUCUAUUUCUCCAUGGAGGAGUGGGAGUAUGUAGAAGGACACAAGGAUCUGUACCAGGACAUAGUCAUGAUGGAGGAUCACCGGCCCCUCACAUCACAAGAUGGAGACAUGGAUAGAAAUCCACCCGAGAGGUGUCCCCGCCCUCUGUAUUCCCAGGACUGUCCAGAGGGAAAUGUCCCAGAGAACCAUCAGGGGGGAGAUCUGACUAAUAAUAAAGUGGAGAAUGAAGAAGAAAUGAUUUGGGGCCAUCACCCGUGUAUGAGGGAAGUGAAGGAGGAAAUUCCAGGAGGUGUUACCCCAGAAAAUGGAAACUUCCUGUUAUCAGUGAAUUACAAGGGAGAAGAUGGAGGGAUCAUGGAGCGCUACUCAGGAGAAGAUGGAGGGAUCAUGGAGCGCUACUCAGGAGAAGAUGGAGGGAUCAUGGAGCGCUCCUCAGGAGAAGAUGGAGGGAUCAUGGAGCGCUCCUCAGGAGAAGACCUCCUUACCCCUAAUGUCCAUCCAAAUCUAUCAUAUAAUAAUUCCCUUGAUCAUGGGGAACCGUCUCCUCACCGGACGGAUGAGAAAGGGAAGAAAAAGUUUCGAUGUUAUGAAUGUGGAAAAUAUUUUAAGCAAAGCUCAAGUUUAUUUAUACACAAAAGAAUUCACACAGGAGAGAAGCCGUAUUCAUGUUCAGAAUGUGGGAAAUGUUUUACCCGUAAAUCAGGCCUUAAUACACAUGAAAAAAGACACACAGGGGAAAAGCUUUAUUCAUGUUCAGAAUGUGGGAAAUGUUUUACAGAUAAAUCAAAUCUUGCUAAACAUGAGAGAAUUCACACAGGAGAAAAACCAUAUUCAUGUUCAGAAUGUGGAAAAUGCUUUACAAAUAAAUCGCAUCUUGUUAUACAUGAGAGAAGUCACACAGGAGAAAGGCCGUAUUCAUGUUCAGAAUGUGGAAAAUGUUUUACUAAUACAUCACAUCUUGUUACUCAUGAGAGAAUUCACACAGGGGAGAAGCCGUAUUCAUGUUCAGAAUGUGAGAAAAGUUUUAUUACUAAAACCAAACUUAGAAAUCAUCAGAGAAUCCACUUAGGAGAGAAGCUGUUUUCCUGUUCGUUAUGUGGGAAAUAUUUUACAGAUAAAUCAAGUCUAGUUAUUCAUCAGAGAAUCCACACAUGAGAGAAGUCACACUGGAGAGAAGCCAUUUCAUGUUCUAAGUGUGGGAAAUCUUUUAUAAAUAAAUCAAAUCUUGUUAAACACGAGAAAAGUCAUUCAGAAAAAAAUUCCUAUUCAUGUUCAGAAUGUGGUAAACACUUGACAUAAAACAAAUUAUAUUUAAUUAUGGCUAAGAAAAGUCACACAGAAGAGAAGGCGUUUCCAGGUUCAGAAUGUGGGAAAUGUUUUAUAACUGAAGGCAACCUAAGGGUUCAUCAGAUAAGUCACACAGGGGAGAAGCCAUUUGAUGCUCUGCAUGAAGAAUCAUUUUAAGUUGUGAAACUUGUAAUGUGAGAAAUAUGGUAAUGGUAGAUGUUCUUCGUGGUAGUUGUUCUUCGUGGUAGAUGUUCUUCGUGGUAGAUGCUCUUUGUUGUAGAUGCUCUUCGUGGUAGAUGCUCUUUGUGGUAGAUGUUCUUUGUGGUAGAUGUUCUUCGUGGUAGAUGUUCUUCGUGGUAGAUGUUCUUCGUGGUAGAUGCUCUUUGUGGUAGAUGUUCUUCGUGGUAGAUGCUCUUUGUGGUAGAUGCUCUUUGUGGUAGAUGUUCUUCGUGGUAGAUGCUCUUUGUGGUAGAUGCUCUUUGUGGUAGAUGUUCUUCGUGGUAGAUGUUCUUCGUGGUAGAUGCUCUUUGUGGUAGAUGCUCUUCGUGGUAGAUGUUCUUUGUAGUAGAUGCUCUUCGUGGUAGAUGUUCUACGUGGUAGUUGUUCUUUGUGGUAGAUGUUCUUUGUGGUAGAUGUUCUUUGUGGUAGAUGUUCUUUGUGGUAGAUGUUCUACGUGGUAGAUGCUCUUCGUGGUAGAUGUUCUACGUGGUAGAUGUUCUUUGUGGUAGUUGUUCUUUGUGGUAGUUGUUCUUUGUGGUAGAUACUCUUUGUGGUAGAUGUUCUUUGUGGUAGAUACUCUUUGUGGUAGAUGUUCUUUGUGGUAGAUGUUCUUUGUGGUAGAUGUUCUUUGUGGUAGAUGUUCUUCGUGGUAGAUGCUCUUUGUGGUAGAUGCUCUUCGUGGUAGAUGCUCUUUGUGGUAGAUGCUCUUUGUGGUAGAUGUUCUUUGUGGUAGAUGUUCUACGUGGUAGAUGUUCUACGUGGUAGAUGCUCUUCGUGGUAGAUGUUCUACGUGGUAGUUGUUCUUUGUGGUAGAUGUUCUUUGUGGUAGAUGUUCUUCGUGGUAGAUGUUCUUCGUGGUAGAUGCUCUUUGUGAUAGAUGUGCUUUGUGGUAGAUGUUCUUUGUGGUAGAUGUUCUUCGUGGUAGAUGUUCUACGUGGUAGAUGUUCUUUGUGGUAGAUGUUCUACGUGGUAGAUGCUCUUUGUGGUAGAUGUUCUUUGUGGUAGAUGUUCUUCGUGGUAGAUGUUCUUUGUGGUAGAUGUUCUUUGUGGUAGAUGUUCUUCGUGGUAGAUGUUCUUUGUGGUAGAUGUUCUUUGUGGUACGGCGGGGCCACGGCGGUCUGGUCUUUACUCUCUCACCCUCCCCACUAGGUAAUUUACUGUUAAUACUUUACUGACGUUCUGUUGGGUUCUCAGUUCUAACCUAUUCUUACAGGUGAAAUCCACUUAGUUUCUAUGCACCCUGCGAUGGGGCUAUUAAUCAGGAUUUAACCCUUUCCCGGCUUAUCGAACUAUUUACUUUGGGCAUUUAGCUGUAUUUCCCCAAUACCCACUCAUCUUUGUACCUGUGGCAUUGUAUACAUGAUUCUGAUGUACCCUGACCACUUCCCCCCCUUCCUGCCCUUGUGGAUCUGGAGUAGUAUCUCUAAUUUUAUGUGUUUUUAAGUGUUUGUCCCAUUUUUUCUGUGAAUUUUGUACUAAUAAAGCUUGAUGAAUUUUCGACACUUUGGUCUACAUACGCUUUUUCUUUUGAAUGAGAUAAAACAAAUUAUAUUUAAUUAUGGCUAAGAAAAGUCACACAGAAGAGAAGGCGUUCCCAGGUUCAGAAUGUGGGAAAUGUUUUAUAACUGAAGGUAACCUAAGGGUUCAUCAGAUAAGUCACACAGGGGAGAAGCCAUUUGAUGCUCUGCAUGAAGAAUCAUUUUAAGUUGUGAAACUUGUAAUGUGAGAAAUAUGGUAAUGGUAGAUGUUCUACGUGGUAGAUGCUCUUUGUGGUAGAUGCUCUUCGUGGUAGAUGUUCUUUGUGGUAGAUGCUCUUCGUGGUAGAUGUUCUACGUGGUAGUUGUUCGUUGUGGUAGAUGCUCUUCGUGGUAGAUGUUCUACGUGGUAGAUGCUCUACGUGGUAGAUGUUCUUCGUGGUAGUUGUUCUUCGUGGUAGUUGUUCUUCGUGGUAGAUGUUCUUCGUGGUAAAUGUUCUUCGUGGUACAUGUUCUUCGUGGUAGAUGCUCUUGUUGGUAGAUGUUCUACGUGGUAGAUGCUCUUUGUGGUAGAUGCUCUUCGUGGUAGAUGUUCUUUGUGGUAGAUGCUCUUCGUGGUAGAUGUUCUACGUGGUAGUUGUUCGUUGUGGUAGAUGCUCUUCGUGGUAGAUGUUCUACGUGGUAGAUGCUCUUCGUGGUAGAUGUUCUACAUGGUAGAUGUUCUACGUGGUAGUUGUUCGUUGUGGUAGAUGUUCUACGUGGUAGAUGUUCUACGUGGUAAAUGCUCUUCGUGGUAGAUGCUCUACGUGGUAGAUGCUCUACGUGGUAGAUGCUCUUCGUGGUAGAUGUUCUUCGUGGUAGAUGUUCUUCGUGGUAGAUGCUCUUCGUGGUAGAUGCUCUUCAUGGUAGAUGUUCUUCGUGGUAGAUGCUCUUUGUGGUAGAUGCUCUUCGUGGUAGAUGUUCUUCGUGGUAGUUGUUCUUUGUGGUAGAUGUUCUUUGUGGUAGAUGCUCUUUGUGGUAGAUGUUCUUUGUGGUAGUUGUUCUUUGUGGUAGAUGUUCUUUGUGGUAGAUGCUCUUUGUGGUAGAUGCUCUUUGUGGUAGAUGCUCUUUGUGGUAGAUGUUCUUUAUGGUGCUGUCAGGACUGGUAUUAUACUAUAUAUACUGUAUACUCUGGUAUUAUACUAUAUAUACUGUAUACUCUGGUAUUAUACUAUAUAUACUGUAUACUCUGGUAUUAUACUAUAUAUACUGUAUACUCUGGUAUUAUAUAAUACUGAUGGAGUUUUCUGAACACCUUAAUAACAUCAGACCAGAGUUAAUAUUCCCCUUGACACAGGCUAGGAAUAGUGUCAGCUUUUACAUUGCUGGAAAAGGACGGUAAAGGCCGUCGCUGCACAGACUAGAACUGAGAGAACUUCCAGUGAUUCAAUUGGUCACGAACCUCGCGGCUCGGCGUUUGCUGACUUUAUCCUGUAUAAAUUAGUUCAUCUUUCAGGUGUCCGGUGGAUGGAGACUCUCCUA